AACUAGAAAAAAACAUGAAAGAAAUGAGAACCGACUUCAAGAAUCAAUUUCCAACUUAACGAAAAGCAAAAAAGCUAAUAAUCCAACACCAGUCUGUCUUUCGAAUUUAAAAAAUCGAUAUCAUUAUAGGUCUAUUUCUGUUGAACCUUUUGACGGUGAUACUCAUGAGGAUAAUACUGUAGCAGCAGUGACUGAUGAUGGUUACCAAUAUGAUAGUUUUAGUGAAUGCUCUACUACGAUGCCAUCUAGUAUUACAAAGAAGCGGAAAAGGCAAAGAUAUAAUCAAUUUCAGAGAGUCAAUGAUAUUAUCAGUUCGAACACUUCUGAAGAAGAAUCUGAGCAACAAGUUAAUCCAUCUAGUGAUUUAUCUAGUAGUGAUGAAGGUUCUUAUGACUUAAAUAAUGAUGAGGGCCUCCAAACGAUUGAUUUAAAUAAUGCUGAUCUAGAUUUAGAAGACUAUGUCGAUGAUUUAUUUACAGCUCCUGAUUCUUUUAACAUUGACUAUGAUUCAGAUCAGGAAAUUCCUACAAGCAUGAAUGAUAAUUUAUGGAUCCUUCUUUGGAUCUUUAAAUUUCAAGAAAGGUUUACGCAUUCUGAUGUUGCAAUUGGCUCUUUGAUAGGCUUUUUUAAUAUUUUUCUAAAAAAUAUUAAACCAAAUAAAUAUAAUGAAUUUCCAUCAACUAUCCAUAUGGCUAGAAAGUUAUUAGAAAUUAAGAAAAAAUCAAAAACUUAUGCUGUAUGUCCUACGUGUGAUAAGUUAUACAAUCUCGCGGAUAUUAUGCCAAAUGAUUCAACAAAUGUCAAAUUCGAUGGAUUCAAGUGUACUUACAUUGAAUUUUCCAAACAUCCAAUGAAAAAUCAACGUAAUUCUUGCAGAUCAGAUAUACUAAAACAGAUCUCAACUGUUAAAAACUAUGUUUGGCAUCCUAAAAAGAUAUAUCCACUACUAUCUAUAAAGGCGCAGUUAGAAGUUAUAUAUAAUCGACCUGAAUUUGGAGCACUCUUAAGAAAAUGGACUAAUCCAAUGUCAGGAAGUUUAGUGGCUUACGAUAAAUUUGAAUUUGCUGAAUUAAGACGAUUUAGACAAUUUUAUCUUCUUAACGUUGAAAAGACAAUUACUGGUGCAAAGUCUUUUAUUGGUGAAAUGAUGUCUCCCAAUAAAAUUGAUUACGGAUAUGUCCAAAUUGGAGCUGAGGUUUUUGGAUCAGCCAUUGCACCUCAACAUUUGAAGAAUUCAUUUAUUCUCGCAAAAUUUGUUCAGAAAAAUGGGUUAAUUGAAGUAUUUCCAGGCCAA